AUGUCGCUGUGGUGGCACAAGUCCCUGUCAGAUGACGUCACAGCAGUGGAAGUUGCUACAUUGUAUGAGGGGGAGCCGGUGACAGCUCUGCGGCAACUCACACUGGGCCCAAUACACAACGUGCCCCUCCGGGACAGACAAUGGGAGAAGCCCGUGGCCGCUCGGCCGUUUAGAAGCGGAGAGUGCAGAAUGGAUAAAGGCUUCCGGGAGUUGGCAGCGCACAUAGGAGCCUUCCCGACAGCGGCAGCCGCAGAGUCGCAUCAGACACCCAGCGACUGGGAUUUCCUGGACACAGACAUGGAAGCGAUCGACCUCCGAGCCCUGCCCACCGCUCUCAUCGGCUGCAGCCUGGAGCCCUGUCUCUUCUACGAUGCGAUGUACCGGACCAAAUUCGAAUCGCUCUUUAAGGCCUACGACAAAGAAGUCACCUUCCAGUAUUUUAAGAGCUUCAAGCGAGUGAGGAUCAACUUUAGCAAUCCCAUCUCUGCGGCUGAGGCCAGGAUCCAGUUGCACAAGACCGAGUUCCUGGGGAAGGAGAUAAAGCUUUAUUUUGCUCAGACGCUGCACAUAGGAAGCCCCCAUCUGGCUCCCCCAAAUCCAGAGAAGCAGUUUCUGAUCUCCCCGCCCUCCUCGCCUCCUGUGGGUUGGAAGCAGAUGGAGGACACGACUCCUGUGAUCAACUAUGACCUGCUCUACGCCAUUUCUAAACUGGGCCCAGGAGAGCAAUAUGAAUUGCACGCUGCAACUGACACGACUCCAAGCGUUGUGGUGCAAGUCUGCGAGAGCGAUCCGGAAAAUGAACUGGAAAUCGAGGAAGAUGAAGAUGGGAUGAUCAAGCCCAAGCCAAAAAUCAUCCAGACAAGAAGACCAGACUAUAUGCCUAUCCAUCUAAGUUGAAGUGGAGGGCGUCAGCAUUUUGUGGUGAAACCCAAGGAACUCAUUGAAAUAUUUUACUGCAGGAAAGGGCAGAGCACGGUGUAGGACGGCUGUGGUAGUGGUCUGAAUUUGUCCGUCGGCAAACCAAACCUGGACGUUUUGUGUUUGCUUUUUCUUUCGUGUAUCUGCCGAAUGUGUAAAAUUUGGAAUGUCCUGCUGCUGGGCUGAUGGAAAGUGGAAAAAAACUGAAGCUUCACAAGUAUUUAGUUUUAUUAGUCUUUUCUGGAGGGUCUAGGAAAAGUGGAACUUUAAGGUUGCUGAAAGUGCGGAGCCAGGAAUGUCAUCGAUAGAACGUCACCGCCGUAUAUAUAGUUGGAGCGUGACUGUGCGCAAGCACAAUGUUACGGACACCAGAUCUCCACCUUAUAUGAUGGAACAAUUUCAUUGCUAUGUUUCAGAACAUCAAGUGGAUGGGGCAAUUUUUUUUUCUUGCAUGUAGACUAUAUCAUUUUUUUUUCUAAAUAUUCUAGUUUGUGUUAAAAGCUGCUUACAUUGCCCUGCAAAAUGCAAACCCUGUAACAGCCCAUUGUGUGAUCCCAAAAGGUAGAAAGCAUGGCCCGUUUUUCAGAAACACUGUGGCACUACAGGGAAGGCACCUGUUAUAUUUUCUGGCUAAUGAACUGUCAUGUACGCUUAAUGCAAGGGAAAAUGUGAUUUAAGUUUGUUUUUUUUCUCUACGGGGCAAUGUGACUGUCAUAUAAAAGUAAAGCUAGGCAACCUUUGUUAUAAGUUACAUCUUAAAAUAGGGCACAACGUUGUUCUGUGAUUGGGGGUUAUAAAUGUUGGGGAUCGUGGAGGCAGGGUGAGGUUUACUGCUUUACCUGUUGCAAGAACUGAAUGAAUUUAAAGUGUUGUUCAUAUCAGCCAUGUUCUAGGCUAUAGCUGGGGAGUAAGCUAUCAAUGGCAUUACAGGCAAAGCAACAUGGAGGUUUAAAAAUGGAUCUUGUAAUCCGUUGGGUAAAUGUGGUUAAGCCCCAUAGCCAAAAAAAAUCAAAAAUGUGGACUUUAAGAUUUGACAGGAACGUGACUUGCAGAUGGUCAUUUUUUGGGUAAUCCAGUGCCUUUCACUUUGGUUAUAAAUGGAGGGAUCACAGUGUCAGAACCGCUGUACUGUUUCCAGUUAGAAUUUCCUUAUCUGUGUCUUCUAAUGACAAGAUGGAACAGCAAUGGCCGUGCAGAUUUUGGUCUGCCAGCCCAGAUAAUGAGGGUUAGGCCAGUAAAUCAUAAAUCUUCCCGUCGGCCACUGCCCUUAGGGUGGCGACACCUGCUGUGUCUUGUUAAAAAAACAGAUAAAUACCUUUGUACUAGAACCCUUGGCACACCCCGUGUAGAGAGAGAGGUUUCCCAGUGUGUCGUGUAUCAUGUCUCAUUACCACUCACUCACUCACACUGUUUUUGAAGUCUGCUUUUAAACUGGAAGUUUGAAUCUCUGUCUUCUGUUUUCUAUUCACUUGUAUUACGAUAAUAAACUUCCUUUGUAUUA